AAUGCAAACAGGAAGUGGAAAGCUCGUUGGUUUGUGCUCAAUGAAGACCAGCUAUCGUGUCACCACAAGAAGAACAAAUCAGUCAUCAUCAGUUCUCUACCGUUGCAAGGUUGUUCAGUUGUCUGCCCUUGCUCAGAUAAUGGAGAACUAAAUCCUCAGGGCCUUCUGAAGCUGCAUGUGCCUGAUGGACAAGAGAUCUAUCUGCAAGCAGGAGGGACCGAAGACAGAAACAGAUGGGCACAUGCCUUAGGUGCUGUCAUCAGAUCACUGAGUACUUCUCAGAAGGUAAUUCAUGACCAGAUGGCAUUUCAGAACUUUCGUACACAUGCAAAUGUGAGUGAAAUUAUUGGUGCUAUUCAAGACCCAGAUGCUGGCAUUGAGUCUGCCAGCCAUCUCCGUGGAGGAGUAGUCUUCAAGAACUGUUUUACAGGGAGGACCAUAGUUGACUGGUUGUUGAGAUGGUCACUGGUUCGGAAUCGAGAAAAUGGAGCUGCCAUGGGUCAGGCUUUAUUAAAACUUGGCCACGUUCAGGAGGUAGACUUGAAAGAUGGAACAAGUGGACACAGUCCCAGAUUCAAUGAUACUGAUAAGCUGUAUAGAUUUACUUCCAUUAACCUUGGAGCAACAAGAAACAGUUUCUAUGAUAGCACAGAUAGCGACUCCAGCUCUUCUGAAGAUGAUGAUGAUAUCUGUGAUAAAACUGAGCCAAAGACGAAGAAAGGGAAAGUUGUGAAGGAAGCUUUUUUGGCAAAAAGGAGAAAUAUUCGUAAAGGUUGGAAAGUGAAAAAGGUUAUAGCCAGGGAAACGCCACCGUCAUUACAGUACUACCGGGCAAAGUUUGCUGCCAGCAUUGAUGAUAAAUUUCCAGUGAAAACAAUACAUCUGAACACAUGCAAAGUCAUAGAAAUUAUAAAACCUCCAUCAGGCACCAAAGGGAACAGCAGUGGUGCCAUAGAAGGAACAGAAGCAAGAACUCCUCGCUUCCGUCUGGUUAUUCGCAGUAAAAAGGGGAAGACUUUGACCUUUCAAAUGAAAGAUGAGCAGGAGAAAGUUGAGUGGUUGACAGUGUUAGGUGACAUCUGUAGACAGUGCAGUCAGGAGGACAGCAGUGUUGGCCUGGCAACCUCCUCCAAUUAG